UGUGAUAUAGUGGUAAGCAACCACCUGGCGCUCGGGUUGUAUUAUGAGGCUGUAUAAAAGUCGAAUAAAAACACCAGCCUCCCAAUUUUCAUAUUAUAAUCAUAUCUGGUCCGACGAAACGGCAAAGAUUGGGCUACAGGCUGUAAGAGGAUUGUAGAGGGGCGGCUAGCUCACAAAUCCGACCCGGUGGACCGCUGACAGCCAGUGCCGGCCGAGCAGGCGGAAAGGUUAUUUUUAUCCCGCCUCAAUUGCCGCUAUGAAAGAUAGCCAUCUGAAUGAGAUUAGUCAAUAAAUAACACGCAUCCAAGGAAUUCUUUAACAUUUAACAUCUGGCCGACUAGCUGGCGGGCCGACAGUGUAAACAGAGCGGUGAACAGGCAGGUUCGCUCGACGGCUCACGGAACAAGCAGUCUGCUCAGUUGUGAUCGCAGUAUGGCAGGGAAGCAGUACUCAGGCGGGCCUCAGCCCCCCUCAUCCCCGUCCCUAGGGCGGGGUUCUAUCCCACCCUCGCCGGACGGCCCCACCCAGGGAAAGGAUAUCUCACCCACGGAAACUCCGAGGAAAAAUAAGCGAAAGUUGAGUGAGCCAAGGAAGAGGACUGACUUCAGUAUAAAAAGAUUUUGUCCAGACAGCCCAGGAAGUGCCAUGUCCGAUUCGGGGUGCAGUGAGGAUUUUGAGGGGGUGCAGGAAAACCCCCCUCAGACGCCCGACCCCUCCUUUCUCCAAGACCAUGAUGAUUCGUCUCUAGGGAGGGGUGACACCCCAAAUCCUGGAGUACAUUUUCUCCAAGGCGUGCGUGCGAACUGUAUUGUGCCAAAUCUCUACAUCAAUAAGACAAUCACGCCUUCUCCGUUAAUUCCCGGAUUCUCUAAUUACACCUUGGGGACAUUACCUGAGCCAUAUCCUAACGGAUUUACACGCGAGCAAAUGGAACUGUUGACAGGAACUGGAGGGGUACACGAUCUAUCAAGUCGCUCGGAGGAGGAUACGGAUGAAAAGGGGGGCAAAAAACAGAGGAAGAAUUACAAAAAUAUGACACGUGAGAGACGGGUGGAAGCAAACGCUAGAGAGAGAUCACGUGUACACACAAUCAGUGCGGCUUUCGAUGCUCUCCGUAAAGCAGUGCCAUCAUACUCAUACAACCAAAAACUUUCUAAAUUAGCCAUUCUUCGGAUUGCGUGUAGUUACAUACUCGCUUUAACAAGACUGGCAGAUGUGGAAUAUUGUCGUGAUGUUGGAGAUAUGUCGUUCUCAGACUGUGUGGAUAUGUGCACGCAAACUAUUCAGACUGAAGGGCGAGCUCGCAGAAGGCAUUGAAGGAACAUACACACUUUCAUGUUGAAAUCUGUGAUAAGUAUUUUACUGUUGGUGAUAUUGUUAUGUUUUUUUGGAUUACUAUGUUUUGUGUGAUGUUAGCGUCGAUUAUAGGACAUUUCGUGGCAUAAUUAUUGGUACUGAAAUACCCUGUGUUCGAAAGUGGAAAUUGGAAUCUUUAAAUCUGAAAAAGCAACUUUAUCGUGAGGGUAAAAGAUCUCAAGUGGCUGGGAGUUUGAGUGAGGCUGUAUUAACAGGUGGCAGAGGGUACGUUCGUGGUGAUCUUUCCGGAAUCCACCGGGGUUGCGUCUCAAUGGUCGCCGUUCCCCACUCCCCAAAUAUUUGUUGUGCGGCCACCUGCUUGCUACCUACAUCUGUAACCUGGCGUCGAGCGUUCAUAAUGGAAGUAGAUCACCACAUCCCCAAGCGGUUUCAGUCUUGUUAAAAUUUCAUGAACUGAUGUCUUCGAUUACGUCAGUGAAAGCAACGGAAUGAAAACAGGUGGCAGCAGGCUGAGCAGACGACAAACGUUUUUGCUGAGGAACAAUAGUGGAACAGCAAAACGGGAAAGAAAGGGACUCGCUUUGGGGCUUCCUGCCUCCACGUCAAGUCCCCGUGCUCGUGGGGAGGUGAGAGCCGAUGGGGGAGGCGGACAUCAGUCAGUACAUCUGGCGAGCAGACGACAUCCCCAGCUCUACAUAAAUACAUGAUAUACUGCUGAGUCCGGCACGGCUGAUAGCGCCCGCCCUGUCUACCGCUAACGCCGGUCCCUCCCCCUGUUUCAACCAGCUGGCCGCGGUUGUGUGAUCGCCUGUUAUUUGGGGAGGGCACUCGCGAUAACGCAGUGAGAACACAUUCUCAGAACUGUUGAUGCUGUGGUUAUCAGCCGCGUACAGACCCAGUUAACAAAUUACAUUCAUUACAGAACUAAGGCGGACGAAGUGUUUGUUUUAUCACCCUCGUCUAAUGUGCUGUUUACAAUAUAUAUCAUUUCAGUGAACGAUCGCCAAAGAGUUGCCAUUAUAGAUAUCGUGUUUAUACAGCCGACUCACCGAGUAAUACUGGUCUUAUCUGCUAAGUGAAAGAAGUGUCCUAAGAACUCGAGUAUGCGACGGAUAACAAUCUAAGAGGUGUUAUUGGAGUUUAUAUGUGCUCAGAUUAACUUGCAAAAAUCGUGUUUGAAUUCAAAGAAGUACUCGUUUCUCGGCUCAAUUCCUCGCCUAUAUUUACCUUCCACUUUUACUCUUGUCAUAAUCUGACGAACACUAAAAACUAAGGAUGUUUUCACAAGUGCUGAAUUAGUUUGAAUCAUCAGAUCAACUGAAGUUAACAUUGUUAAUUCAAAUUCUACAGUUAUGUUCACACGUCUGUAUAUACGAAGACUCAUGUAAUGUCUAUUGAUAGUGCUAAUUGUCGUACCAGCUGUUUAUAUUCUUAACACGAAGCAAAUUAUUAUCUGGAAUUUACGAAAUAGGAAAUGUACGUAGCGAAUAACAAGUGUUGUAUUUCUUAAUCACAUUAUUUUGGUUAUUAAAUGUUUUCACCGUCUUCGUUAAUAGGAGGAUUGUGAAUAUCAAUGUAGUUAUUUUGGACGAUCAUUGUCGUAUUUGAAUUAUUGUUAAAGAUAGUUUUUACCAGAUUGGACUACAAAUCCUUGACAUCCAUGUUCAAAUUAUUCCACCAGCUCCAUAUCUCUGCUCAACAUCGAUUUUUAACACUCUCAGUUUGUUUCAACACUGCCUGUUAAAAUCCCGAUUCCUGUCCAUGCGAAUUACCACCGCCUCACGACCAUGGCGCUAUUGUAACUUAGUCUCUCAUUACUCAUCGUAGAGAUGAGCUGAUAUUUUGCAGAUAAGGAGAAGAAACGUACACGGCAAAUAAGCAACGUGUUCAAUUUAAUUUUGUCAUCAGAAAUAUGCAUCAAGGUGUUUAAACUGCCAAGAGCAAUACUAUUACAUCUUUAAAAAUUACUCUCAGUUUGUGGGAGUUUCGAAUGUCAAUAUGCAUUUAUGCACUUUCAAACCACUUCAUCACCAAACCCUUUGGAGUCCGCGUUUGUUUUUUUGUAUUAAAUUACUUGAAAUAUCCAUGCAAUGUUAUACAGAAUAAGGGCCCUAUUAUAAGAACAUGUGACAGUGCAAAAGGACAGGUCUCCAAAUGUUCAAGAUUGAGACAGGGCGGGAGCCAGAUUGUCAGCUAGGCCUAAGUAAGACUUCAAAGGAGCUCUGGUUGAAUUUAAUGAGUCCCAUUGAAAAAGCUCUAGCUUUCCUGUUCCAUAUUCAAAGAUCUUUGAUAAAAACAAGAAAUUUGUUCCAUUUCCUCUCGAAUGCAGAUUAAAGGCAGAAGAUAUGUGAAACCUGUGUGAAGUGGUUUUGCGAGUCGCAUAUCAAAUUGUUCUAUGCUUUUUUCUGUUCUGGCGUUUAUGGUCUGUGAAAUAUCAGCUCUACCUUCGGAACGCCGCAAGGGCGAGCAUCUGCAUCAGUGGUCAGUUUAUCAUGAGUAUGUUUUUUUUCUCCAAAUGUUAUUUUAUGUAUAUCAUUCUUUUGUUAUGUUUAUGUUCAAAUGUUACUGUGACCAGAUAAAGUAUUACGCUCGUUAAGGGCGAACAUACA